GCGUGUUGUGAGCUGGAUAUUGAAGAAGUUUGUCUCAGUUGUUCAUGUACUCUGUGUGUUUACUGACUGAAGCUCAGAAGAAUGUGCUAGCACAGUCAUGGACAGUAAAGUAAACGUCACCUACAUAACUCUGUCCGGAUACGUAGAUCUGAACAAAUACAGAUAUUUGUACUUUUCUGUUAUUUUCACAGUGUACAUUUUGAUCAUUUGCAGCAAUGCUACUAUUUUGUAUCUCAUCUGGGUUCACAAAAACCUCCAUGAGCCGAUGUACAUCUUCAUCGCAGGUUUGUUGAUUAACGGUCUUCUUUACAGCACCAACAUUUACCCAAAGCUUCUGGUCGACUUUUUAUCUGAAGAACCGAUCGUAUCGUAUUCGGCCUGCCUCUUACAGUUUUUCAUGUUUUAUUCUGUGGGCGGCUCAGAGUUCCUCCUGCUGGCAGCCAUGGCCUUCGACAGGUAUGUGGCGAUAUGCAAACCUCUGAGAUACAGGAAUAUAAUGAAAAGAAGCACCGUCAGUACGCUCCUGGUUCUAGCCUGGUGUUUUCCUGCUUGCCAUCUGGCCGUGCUGGCCAUCCUGAGUGCCAAAGCCAAAUUGUGCAACUUUAACUUGGACGGGAUCAUCUGCAACAAUAAGAUGUACACGAUUCACUGCGCCAGAUCGAGAGCGCUGACCAUAUUUGGGGUCGUCGCUUUAUUCGAUUUCGCAAUCCUUCCCACCCUCUUCACAGUUUUUACAUACGCAAAGAUAUUCAUGACGUCUCAUCGGAGGUGCAAAGAAUCCAGGAAAGCGGCUGUGCAGACCUGCGUGCCCCACCUGUUGGUCCUGACCAGCUACUUCUGUGUGAUGACGUACGACGUAAUUGUGGCUCGAGUGGAGGCGGAUUUCUCCAGAACCGCGGGCUUUGUGAUGACGAUGCAGACGUUUCUGUAUCACCCUCUGAUAAAUCCGUUCAUGUACGGGUUCAAGAUGAGAGAGAUCAACAAACACCUGAAGACGUUGCUCUGUCCAGCCAAACCGUGACGGAAGCGGUUCUGUCUGAAAUUAUUUCGGCUAAUGAAACGUCUCGUGCUACAUCUACUGUAUCAGGAAGCUGGCCAUGUUUUCAAAAAUAAUUCAAGCAUUCAAAUUCCCCAUAGCAGUUUCGUGUCUCAUGUUAGCCUGACAUGCAGGUUUUCAGACUGUGUAAUAAACAAACACUUCUGGCAUCGUAGUUACUGCAUCCUUUAGUGACCCAAUGUGCAAAACGCCUGAGAUUGUGUUUAGUUUGUUUGUUUUUUUUUUGCGAUGUGGAAGGAACAAUUAUAUACGAGCCAAUCUGCAUAUGGGUCGGUUAAAUGUAGUAAUGUGUGAAGGAUGUAUUUAGACGUCUGGAGAAAGGACCAUUGUGACACAGAGGUCUUUCCACAAUUUGCCUCAUUUGGAGCCAGAAAGACUGAGAGACAUUUUUCCAUUGUCUUUAAACAUCUACUGUAUAUAACCUGACCAAGAGGUUAUAUGUCAACGUUAAAUUUGUUGACUUCAUCAAAAUGUCUUGCAUUGUCUGCCUUUCCUUAUUUGAGAUCUUCUAAAUCCUGUCGUCUGAGUCUGUUUAUGUUCUUACUUUUGUUUGAUUUAAAUUUCAUCAUGGUUUUCUAUUCAUCUUGUCUUUAAAAAAUAAAA